AUGAGCUUAUCAACAGUCAUACAUAAGGAAAACUCAGGUGUUGAAAUAAAACGAACAUCAUCUGCACAACGAGAUGAAGAAAAUAUCAUUCGGAAGCGACUGAGAAUUAAUUCGAUUGCAACUGUUGUGUCAAGUGUUAAUAAAGAUGAUGUAGACCGUGGUCAUCAAAUCAAUACUCAUAUAGCAGCCAGAAAACUUGAACUAUUGCCAAAUGAAAUAUUAUACUUAAUCGUUUCUCAUUUGCAUGUAUCUCAUAUUGUUCAGGCAUUUCACGGACUCAACCAGAGAUUCAAUUCGAUUGUUUUCCAGUCUAUUCGUAAUUUUAAAAUCUCAAAUUAUGUAUCACGAGUUUGGCUACUUGAUUAUAUGUCGCGUAUCGCUGAUGCAAUUGUAAACAUGUCUUUGGGAGUCGAUUCAUUGUCCCAUGCUUUUCCCUGCGAGAACUUCUAUCGGAAUCUUACUUCCAUGGUUCUCAGACACGCGCGCUUCGCCGUAGAAUUCAAUGUCGAAAACGAUGGAGCCUUUGCAACUGCGGUUACAUGUUUGAACACACUUACCCAAUGUGGCCUAACGGCUGAAUGUUUUCGACAAUCAAAUCUUCGUAACAAUGGCAUUGUGCUAAAGAGCGAUGAUCAGAGUUAUACAAUUUUAAGGGCUCAACCCUGUCUAGCCAUCAAACGCCUAGGUAUACUGCAUUGUUCUGAACAGGAUCUAGUAGAUUUAUGUGGUCUCGUGCCGAAUUUAACGUCGUUGCGUGUUGGAGUCCUCGAAGGAAGUUCAAACGUUUCGUUUCAAAAUGGUCUAUUCGAUGUCGUCUCUCGAUUUGGAUCGUUGACUCGAUUACAUCUAGGCACUAGUGCCAUCGGUGGUAUUCAUAUUGACGUUAUCGAAUGGUUGAUCCGUUGUUAUCAAUCAUCACUUGAACAAGUAACAUUAGUUAUUUCAUCGGCUGAUCCAUUUCUUGACGGCUAUCAUCUCCAGAAAAUCCUUGAGCCAUGCCAAAAGCUAAAAAAAUUAUCAUUUAAAUUUGAGUUUGAUGAAGAAGACAUUAGUGUUGACAUAAAUGAUCUAUGUCGACAAUUUCAGAGCGAGUGGUGGCUCAAUGCUCUUCGAGCACCGGUACUUAUUCUUCGGGACCAUAAUGAUCAUGUCUUUAUUGGUUCCAUUCCUCUUUAUUUUCCGGUCAAUAUGAUAUUUCCGACGGAUCUCAAUCUGUGGCGACUGAAUAAGGGGCAGUUGGAUUCAUCGAUGCUUCGCUUCACUGAUUUAAAAUCGAUUCAUUUUUACAGCAAUAAUAAACAAGCGAUAACGUUUGAUCUUCUGCGAUUCAUCGAUCGUGUUUUUCCUUCGUGUAAUCAAACACUCACUUUAAACUACUGGAAAUUCGAUUCACCACAAAAACUAUUCACACAGUGGAUCAACAGUACGCUCACAAUACCUACUCUCAAUAGGGUGGCGUUUCUCGAUAUGAAGACAUAUGCUUGUAAUGGAUUAGAUGCUAUGUCAUUGAUUUUGUGGCUUCUCGUGGUGCCCAAUGUCAAAGUGUUGGAUUUGGAAUCGAUGGAAAAUGCCGAUAAAGUGAUAUUGAUAAAAACAUUGGACCAAUUGCUGUCAGAAAGCGAUCGUGUGAAGUCAAUUCUUGAUCGUAUUGAGAAGGUUCAUAUUUGGAAAUCUCGACAUGAAACUCAAACAAGAUCAAAACGAAAUUUAUAUCAGAUAAUUUCUAAUAUAUUUUCUAAUGCAAAUCUUGGCAAUCUUUAG